UGAAAUCUUAGGACAGUCUGCAUGCACUCAACUCCAGCACAGAUCUGUUUCAGCAGGGUAGAGUAAAGAGCACAGCCAGACAGUGAAAAAAAAGGGUUCAAAUGAAGGGAGAAAAGUUCAGAUAGACAACACAAGCGGGCUAGAGAAAGCCACAGCUGAGAGAAACUUUCAAAAAGCGGGGAGAUAAAAGUGUGGAGAAAAAGGCGGUGUGAGAAACAGGCGGAGAGUGGAGACAUAUAUUCACAUUUCUAAGAAGAAUGGGCUCCCUGGUGAGCAGUACUGCUGCUCUUCUCUUCACCUCCCUGCUGGCUCUGCUCUGUGGACUUUCCUCGGUCCUGGGUCAAGAUCUGAGAGAGAGGGAUGCACUUUGCAAUGAGGAUGGCUGCUUUGUGGUGUACUUCCAACGCAAAACCUUCUUGGACUCAUGGAGGGCUUGCAAGGAGAAAGGUGGCAACCUAGCUACCAUUAAACGCAGGCAGGAUGCCACUACUAUUGCCACUCUCUUCUCCACUUUGGACUUGCGCCACUCACGCACCAGCAUCCAAGUAUGGAUUGGCCUGCUGCGGCAGCCUCGUCAGUGUACCACUACGCGCCCACUGCGGGGUUUCUCUUGGACUACUGGUGACCAGGACACAGAUUAUACCAACUGGCUGAAAGAGGACUCCCAUAGUACGUGCACAGUGCCACGCUGCGUGGUCACGGGCUACAACACUCAGGACCCGAGUGAUAACUUCAAAUGGCUGGAUGGUGCCUGCUCAAUCCCUGUAGAUGGGUAUCUUUGUCAUUAUGCCUACAAAGGAAUGUGUCCUGCCUUGUGGAGUGAGGGGACAGGCAAUGCCCUCUACACCACACCAUUUAACCUUUUAAGCACUUUGUUAACUCAUUUACCCUUUGGAUCUGUUGCUACCGUGCCUUGCCCCGCAGGCACCAAGGAGGAACAGUCCGUUUUAUGUAUGCUGAAGGAAGACGGCACAGUUGGGUGGUCAAGAGACUCCCCCCUCUGCUCUGAUCCCCCUGUAUCACACAACUGGUGUGAGAAGGAUAAUGGCGGUUGUGAGCAUAUCUGCAGGCCAGCCGGUGCUCACUUCUACUGUGAGUGUGAGGAUGGGUAUCAACUGAGCGACGAUGGGCAGAGCUGUGAGUUGUCAGAGUUGUCAGAUGUUUGUCAAGGAGCCCCCUGUGAGUUUGAGUGCUUGCCCCUCCCAGAUGGGUACCGUUGUGCCUGCCCUGAAGGAUACAUGCUUGCACCAGAUGAACGUGGCUGUCUGGAUGUAGAUGAGUGCCUUCAGAGUCCUUGUGAUCAGCUUUGUGUGAAUUCUCCAGGAUCAUUUGAAUGUCAGUGUUGGAAGGGUUACUUUUUGGAAGAUGAUGGUGGGUGUGAGGAUAUAGAUGAGUGUAUAAAUGACCCGUGUGAACACGCCUGUGAAAACACUCAAGGCUCUCAUAUCUGUCACUGCCAUCUGGGAUUUUCCCCAGUGCCUGAGGACCCCAGCCGAUGCCAAGACACUGACGAGUGCCAGAUCCCCGGGACAUGCGAGCAGAUGUGUGUGAAUUAUGUUGGUGGAUUUGAGUGCUACUGCAGGGUAGGCUAUGAACUCAUGAAUGAUCAUUUCUCAUGUGGCAAGAGAGGAGAAGGGGAGGACCAGUCUGCUGUCACCCCUUCUUUUCCUUGGGCGACCCACCAGCCUGGACCUGUAUGGCAGCCUGUGGACUAUGACUGGAACCUGCAGGAGAGCCGCACUGACUGGCCUCCAGAGGAGGAGCAAUCUUUGGACUGGCUUACUGACCCACCUAGAGUUUUGGAUUCUGAUGUCAUUUGGGUCACCAGUGCCCCUCAAGAGGAACUGCUCUUUGAUUUAGUAUUGGACCCUCCAACACAGGAGACUGAGGAAGAUAUGGAAGAUGUAGACACUGGAGGUGCUGACUGGUCGGACUGGGGACAGAGAUCUCAAUCAGACUUGGAAGUUUUGCCAACCACCAUCUACACCACACCUCCACCCACCACCAGCUUGCCAAGCACUACCUCAGACUGGUACGAAGAUGAUGAGGACAUUGAGGAGGAGACCACCACAGCUCUCCCCUUCCUUUCCACCUCGACAAUCUCUGAGGGUGCUUGGAAUUGGUGGGCGGGACUCACCACUUCCAGCCAGAAACCAGGAAAUCCUAGGGAUUCACUCAUGGACCACAACAUGCCGACAGAUUCCAGCUACCACAAUGAGGCAGAAGAAGAACAGCAACUCCUUUGGGAAAAAUCUCAGUUCCCAGAGGAGAAUUUAGGGGUGGAGGAAAAGGACAAUGUGGAGAUCACACACCAAGACCCAGAUGUUCCCACCCUGCUUCCUCCUUCUCAGCCACCCCCAAGCAAGGGUGGAGAAAGCAAUGAUGAUCUGGAUUUGGUCCAGGGGGACAGGGCGCAGAAGCAGAGCAGCACCUGGCUCCUGGUGGGCCUCCUAGUGCCUAUCUGUAUCUUCAUCGUAGUGAUGGUGGCGCUGGGCAUCGUCUACUGCACCCGCUGUGCUGUUCACUCACGCAACAAGAAUGCCACCGACUGCUACCACUGGAUCUCUGGGGCUCAUGAUAAACAGGGGGCUCCUAACCCCUCAGCAGGGGUCAAGACCCAUGUUUAAAACAGAGAAGAGAGAAACUGACAUGAACAUAAACAUACUGUGCUUCAGAGGUUAGCAGGAGUGAAUGAUGGAUCUGGUAAGGGACAAAUGUUUCACCCUCUCUGACUUUGGAACUGACUUUGCCAACUCUUUGAAUUCCUUUGGAUAUUACUUUUAAAUACCAAUUAAUAGAUGUGGGAAGUGACACUGAUAACCACUGACCUUUUUCUUGGAUGGGGUUGCUAUGUGAUGCUUUGAUAUUUCAUACACUGACCACACAAGAUCUGAUCGCUCUGUGAUUGCACUAGGGUACAUAAUAAUUAUAAAAAAUUAGUGUCUUUGUAAGUAAUGUCAAAAAAUCUUCCAGUAUCAUAGAAUAAUGUGUGUAGUCAUUUAUUCAUUUCAACAUUUCACAGCUGGAGCCAGAUCCUGCAAAGAGCCUUGGAAAUCAUUGAUGACACCUUUCUGCCUUUUUAUCGAAGUAGCAUAACUUUUAAAAGAGGUUUCUUCGAUGCAAAAUCCUCAGGCUCUUGUUAAUGUCACUAGCAUAUCACUGUAGAUAACUGUUACUGUCAACGGUGUUAAAGGGAUUUAAAUGCAUUCUCAGCUCAUAUCAGCAGUGGGUUAAAGGAGACUGCAGGCAAUUAUCCCUUUAAGAGUGAAGAUAUUCUGCAGUAACAUGCUGGGAAAGCAGUCAUUUGAAAAUUACUGUGUUGAAUAGUUAAUAAGAGACCAAAACAUUAUUUGUAUAUAGUGGUACUUUUGUAUUUAUGUAUGUUUCGUACUUGUCUCCAGCCAUUUUUUAAAAAAAAGAAAAUGUAACAUUUGUAAUAAUACAAUGAUGUUUGUUCUUUUAUGGACCCCAUAAACCUGGUGAUAUGCAGAGGAAUGUCUGUCUGCACAUGGGAAUGCUUUUCCCCACUCAUAUUCAGUUUAAGAGCACUUCAACUUUCCUUGACUUUUUAAAAAAAGAGGUUAAAGUGCAGAUGUUGCGAUGUGCAGGGAAUGUUGUAGGGCUGGUGGUUGACAUUAGCUUUGGCCUUGUUCGUGACAUUGCCAUCAGUCACCCAUCAUACCCUAAUUCAUUAGUACACCCCUGAAGGUUUUGUUUUUGACCAGCCCUGAGAUGUUUUAUGGCCAUGUUGGAUCACAUCCAACUGUGCGAUACUGUAGCCAGUGUGACACCUUGCAGUUGCAACUUCAGAUUUUUAAAAAUUUAACAAGACAAUCAAAGAUUUCAGAUCCGAGAUUCUAAAAGACAGACCUUGACUUUUUUGGAGAAAUGUUUGUUGGAUAA